AAGAAGUCGGUGUUCAUGGCGCUCCAGGAGUGCAUGGCAUCGGUGAUGAUGGCCGGUGCGUCGCGGCUGAAGUAAUUGUCGACCAGCUGGCGAUAACGAACGUCGGACAGUCGGUCGAUGCUUUCUAGAGCUUCGCAAGCGACGCAGUCCUCCUCGGAGAUGGGGUAGUCCUGGUAGAAGGGAUUGUUCAUCAUGCAGUUCUCGUAGUAGAGCGGCUGCCAGUUCCACACGGGCAAUAGCUUGAUCAUGACCAGUCGUCCCAAAGCUGAGAAAUGCGCGCCGACAAAGUCCAACUGACCGGCCAGACAGAUCAAGGUGCCUAUGCCGAUGAGGAUCAGAGAUGCCUGGAAGACCAGCUGAAGCCAGGAACGACGCAUAGCCGCCACCAGGGGAUGGCAGAUUAUGUCCAUUUCUUCCUCGGUAAAGCCGGCCUGCUGACAGUACCUGCAGGACAACAAUUCGUCCUCGUUAACGUACGAUUCUUAUAUUUUUUUAAAUUACAUAAUCAAGAUUUUUUUUUCCAAAAACUCACUUGUAAAAAGCAUUGAGUUCAUCGUCGAUGAGUCGCAGCUUCUCAGCAUGGCUCAUCUCGUGCGGCUCCUUGGCGGUGAGCUUUCUUGGUGGCUUGACGCUGCCCUUAUUACUCGACAUUAUUUAUUCUCUAUUCUCUUGAGAUAAUCAAUUCAGCUUCUGACACCGCUGGAAGCUGGCACUGGACUGACUGCAAGCACAGUCGGGAGCAACGGGGCAUGCGCACCCGCGCAUCUUACGCCUCGAGAUGCGGGGACCCCUAUUGAUUUUCAGAUACAACCCCCCUGCCCGCAACCGAAACUUAAUCUACUGCGGCAUGAUUUUUAUGAGCCCUUUUCACACCCGUUGGAUAUAUUUCAUGGAUAUCUGACCCAUGUCGAAAAAUAUGGGUCACAUUUAGGAGAAGAGAACAUUUUCAGAUGUCGAAGGUUUAGUCAUACUAUUCCCAUACUUUAUGGCUAUUAUAUAUGGGAAGUUACGGCGUGUAUGUAUGUACUAUAUCUAGAUGCGUACACUCAUGUGUGUGGGAGAUAAGACACACCUGCUAUCUGGAAUAAGCUUAUCAGUCGGCCGUUGAUUCACACCGAGAAUUCCGGCCGAGAUAAGAACCAGCCCAGUUUUAACUCAGUCUUGCUCGAGACGCUCUCACGAACUUUUACCUGAUUUUAGUUUACAACAACAGUUUGGCAUCAAUAUGCGUUCCCGUAGCAUUUUGUAUUAUUUCGCCGUAGGGUUCCUUAUCAUGGGAAUCUUUCUCGGUGAAGCCGAGGCAAGGCGAAAAAUUUUACGAGGACGUAAAACCAUCACUAGACGCUAUUACAAGGGUACAGCAAUUCCAGCUUGGUCAAUUGCCGUAAUUUCCGGCCUUAGUAUGCUGGUAGUCGGCGCAGGAUUGUACCUACUGUUGAAAAAACUGGUUAUUGACUCGGUCGAAGUUAGUGAAGUGCCUUCGUAUCAACCAGCGAUGCAAGAUGACGUGUGAAAAUAUCAAUUAAAAUAAUUUUUACAAGUAUUUUUAUAACAAUCUAUUUUAAAGUUAUUUUAUUAAAGGAUUUUUUACGGCUCGUACUAUUGAACCAUAGAAAUAAAAAUCAAAUGAUUACCAGGGUCCAAUGUACUAACUAUUUAGGAAUAAUUUUUUAUAAUAUAGCGACGUUAAACACAAAAACGCAUUGUAGGUAAUAAUAAAUAAAGCCAAAUAUCUUUUAUACAAGUA